AUGGGUAAAUCCGCUCAGCCACUAUCAUCGACGGUGUUAUUGUAUUCAGUUGCUAGUCAUAUACCCAUUUUGGCCAUAAAGACUUCACAUAGGUACAAUUUUGCUGAUUUAGUUGAUGGUUUGAAUGCAGUUAAAUGUGUUAAUUCUAGCCAAGAUCAUUCUUUUCAUACAUUCAGUUGUGAUUCUACUACAGGAAUUGUUUCAGCUUUAUUUGGUGAGAAUUUAGGUGCGAGAAUGAACUUUCCGAUGCUGCGAUCCAAUAAUCAAACUGCUGAGCAGCAGCCUCUUCAAGAGUCUCAUGUAGAACAAAUGUUGAAACGCACACAUACUCUGGGGUCCCUUAUUGCAGAAGAUCCAUAUCUGGACAGUAGAACUUCUGAAACUCGCGAUGCAGAGAGUGACGAAUGCGGGAGCGAUAAUGGCAGCUUUCCAGGUUCAAGUGGAAAGAGUAACCCUCAAAUUCAUAGCCAUGUAGACGUUGCAGAAGAUGAAGGAUGGAUAAUUAUUCCAUAUAAGGAAAUUCCUAAUAUGUGGAUUGAGUCACCAGAUAUACUUUCAUUUUGCUCUCUGGACCGCAGCUUUGUUUUUCCUGGUGAGCAAGUGUAUGUACUUGCUUGUUUGUCCACAGAUAAACAGGAAACUGAAAUUAUUACACCAUUUAAAGUUGCUGCAGUCAUGAAUAGAAGUUGUGUUGGUCAAAACACCAAAAAACAAAAUGAGGAACCUGAAAAUGGAACAAAUCCUGUUUCUCACAUGGUGGAUAUGGGGGCUGAUGAGCUUGUUAAUCGGAAUGGUGAAAAUAUGAUCAGAGAUGAUAAGCAGAAUGGUGAAAAUGUGAUCAUAGGGAAGAUUGAUUCACAAGAGUGUGUUUUGGCUGGUCAAUCUCUCCUUAGAAUGGAAGAUAACAAACGACAGACUGAAUCGUUGUUGCAAAGGUUUAAUAAUUCUUAUUUUUUUGCUCGGAUUAUUGAGUCUAAUGAACCACUAUGGUCAAAGAGACGAACUUCAGAAGACUCUGUCAAAUCUUUCGAAAUGUUUGAAAAAAAACUGAUAGAAGAAUCUUUAGAAACUGUAAAGAUUUUGAAAAAGAAGAACCAUCUUAAUGCUGCUGCAAUUGAUAGAGGAAACUUUGAUGCCCGAACAUCUGGAGGAUUGGCAAGGGAUGCUGUAAAGUGUUGUUCUCUUUCAAAUGGAGACGUAGUGGUGCUUUUACAGGUAAAUGUUGGUGUUGAGUCUGUGCAAGAUCCUGUCCUGGAAAUUCUUCAGUUUGAAAAAUGUCAAGAAAGAAAUUUAACCCUUGAGAACCAGAAAAUUCUUAACUUUCUAGAUCAGGAUCCUUCUGGCGAAUUGUUAGAGUGGCUGCUUCCUUUGGAUAAUUCUAUUCCUCCUCCAGCACGUCCUUCAUUACCUCCUAAAUUCAGUUCCAGUUCCAGUUCCAGUUCCAGCUCCAGUAUUCGGAGCACAUCAACGAAACCCACGGUAACUGGGUCAUCUGGUUCACUCUUCUCUUUCGGUCACUUGAGAAGUUAUUCAAUGCCCUCACUUCCACCAAACACAACACCACCUCCAGCCGCUACAACUCCAAAUGCUAAACCAAGCUUUGACCCUGAAGAUUGGAACCAAUUUUCAUUUCGAAAGUUAGUGGAAAGUACGAAAACUGGAAAUGAAAGGCUCUUAUCUUUUCGAGGUGUGCCAUUGGAACCAGAAAGAUUCUCCGUUCAAUGUGGUCUGGAAGGAAUAUUUACACCUGGAAGAAGGUGGAGAAGGAAAAUUGAGAUAAUUGAACCUAUAGAAAUGUGUUCUUUCUCUGCUGAUUACAAUACAGAUGAUCUUCUUUGCGUCCAGAUAAAGAAUGUUUCCCCUGCACAUGCACCAGAUAUUGUGGUUUUUAUAGAUGCGAUUGCAAUAAUUUUUGAAGAGGCAUUAGAGGAUGGAACACCAUUGUCAUUACCAAUUGCAUGCAUUGAAGCUGGGGAUGAACACUGUUUGCCGAAUUUAGCCCUCAGGAGAGGAGAAGAACACUCUUUUAUUCUCAAACCGGCAACAUCAUUCUGGAAGCACCCCAAUGGUCAUGACAAAUUUUUUUUACAACCAUCGUAUUCAUCGGCUGGAAAUGUGGCUUCAAGUUUGCAUUACUACUCCUGCAUUGAAGGGAAACAGAGUGGAUCCCCUCCCGAUCACUAUGCAGCUGGAAAUGUGGCUUCAAGUUUGCAUUACUACUCCUGCAUUGAAGGGAAACAGAGUGGAUCCCCUCCCGAUCACUAUGCAGUUCUUAUAUCAUGUCGAUGCAAUUAUACUGUAUCAAAAUUGUUUUUCAAGCAGCCAACAAGCUGGCGCCCUCAUUUUUCAAGAGAUCUUGUGAUUUCUGUCUCAUCUGAAUUGUCUAGACAAGCUUUUGGGUCGGACAUAACUCAGCUUCCAGUUCAGGUCUUGACUCUUCAAGCAUCAAAUAUGACAUCCGAAGAUCUAACAUUAACAGUUCUUGCCCCAUCAUCAUAUCCUUAUCCUCCUCCUGCAGUCUCUUUGAGCAAUACACAGUCAUCACCCUUGAGUUCAUUUGUUGUUCCUUCAAACUUAGCAGAGAGAGUGACAAAAGAUGAGCAAGAGGUUUCUGAACAGAGGCUAAUCUCAGUAUCAAAUAAUCACAGACAGGAAGUGGAAGGUAGUUUUCCAUCAGCUUCUUUUAGUGAGCAACCUGUCCCCGUAGCUGAUGUCCUUCAGACGGCUGAUCAGGGUUGUACGCAUUUAUGGUUGCAGAGUAGAGUUCCUCUCGGAUGUGUUCCAUCUCAAUCUACGGCAGCUGUCAAGCUUGAAGUGCUUCCAUUGACGGAUGGCAUAAUUUCUCUUGAUUCUUUACAGAUUGAUGUAAAGGAGAAAGGUCUUACUUAUAUACCAGAGCAUUUGCUGAAGAUAAAUGCAACUUCGAGUAUCACCACUGGUAUAAUAUAAGAUCGCUGUUUUUGUGUUUUGAUUAUUCGAUAUUGUCUUAGUAUUGAUAAGUUACUCAAAUUGCUAUAUGGCUCUGUGUUGUUGCCUUUUUGAAUACAUGAGAACUAUUUUCAUCCCUUGUGACAAAUGUUUAAAUGAGUUUAAAAAUGACCUUUUUCCUGCA